AUGCACCGUCAACUUCACACCACGCCGUUUCUCUCACUGGCGGUGUCCCUACUGCUGUUAAUGUACGGCGCCGGUGGGUGCCUCGCCGCCGCGCACCCCCGUGCCUUCGACGAGGUGUUGUGGGAGAGCGGCCGGCCGCCGACCGCGAUGGUGCGUGAGCUGCCGCGCAAGGGGCAGGGUGCGACGCAGGCGUACACCGUCGCCACAAAGGCUGAGGACAACAGUGGCUGGGCUCCCAUCCGCAUCGCGGUGUCCACGGAGGAUUUGAAGGACAUCAAUAAGUACUGCACCAAAGAAGGUGAAACAAAGCCGGACUUCAGGGGACAGAAUUCAUCGUGCAAGAAGGAUGAGGUUUUGACCUCGGAGAUGAUAAAAACCCUGGUGGAUGAGAUUAUUCCUGUGGCCGUCGGACUGCACGCGGAGCGUUUGCUCGUUCAGCGCGUGAAGACUCCGUUUGUUGUGCUCCCGUUCACAGAGAAGCAGGGGAACUGCCAAUACUUCAAGGUCCCCGACGCGCAUCAGAAGACGGGAGUGACGGACGCGGACUUGGUGCUCUAUGUGGCUUCCAGGUCGAAUUACGGGAUGUGGGCUAUCCCGUGUAUGUUCGGGAAGGACGGUCGUCCGAUUGCCGGUGCCCUGCAUAUUGUGCCUUUUCAUGCGCUUCCCGUCAUGCACUCUUCUCGCAUCACUGCGCAUACGAUCGCCCAUGCUCUUGGCUUCAGCAUGGAAGAGAUGAAGAAGCACGACAUGCUGUUGAAAGUGACUGAUAUGCGCGGCGGCACCUCUCCCGUGACGGUGGUGAAGUCACCUGUGACUUUGAGAAAGGCGAAGCUGCACUACGGCUGCGACACCAUCCCGGGCAUGGAGCUGAACAAUAAUGAUGGGGCAUACUUUUGGUCGCUGCGCAAUGCGAAGGACGAGUUGAUGAGCCUGAUUGGGGAAAGAGCCGCCGGCUACUACACUGCGCUGACGAUGGCGGCGUUUGAGGACCUCGGCUACUACAAGGCCGUGUGGGGGAUGGAGGAGCCGAUGGCGUGGGGCAGAAACUCCGGCUGUAACUUCCUGGAUAAGCCGUGCUCGGAGAAAACUCCCACCACGUACCCUGGCGUGUUCUGCGAUAAAAAAGAUGCGAAGUCGCUUCGCUGCACGUCCAACCGUCAAGCCAUCGGGACAUGUUCUGCCGAUGUUUCUCAAGCCAGGAGUGGCGAAAAGGAAACCUGCAGUUUUAUUUCCCCGGCUAGUGGUGAACCACACAAAUCGUUUUGCACAGUGGAAGGGGACGGCACUCUACCAGGGUCCCUCCGUGGAAAGGGCUCGUGGUGCCUCGAUGCAGAACCACCCACGGCCAAGAGUGACGAUACCUCCAUUGAUAACUCCGCCGUCCACGCGGUGUGUGCGGUGGUGCAGUGCGAGGGGGGCAAGGUGAAAGUGAAAUACCUCGGCGGGAGUGAUUUUGAGCCGUGCCCGGAGGGGAAGUCUAUCACGCCCAAAUCAGAGCACUUCAAGGGCGGCAGAAAGAUCAGGUGCCCAAGGUACGAGGAGGUGUGCACCAUCGCCGCCGAUGGCAGAAGCCUCAUUAACCCAAAGAAAGGCGGUCACGAUGGCUGUGCGGCUGUUUUUGUUCUCUACAGUCUUCUUCUCGCCGCGAUCGCUGCCGUGGUGGCGGCGACGGUGCCGCUUUGA